CCUAAAACCUUCCCAGCGCCGUAUCUCUCUUCUUCGGCCCUCUCUCGCCGAUCUCUCCCUAUUGCUGCUCUGCACUGCCGGCGACCCCUCUCCCUCAUUCCAACAUGGCUGACAAAGCAGAGAGUGCAAUCACCUCUCAAGACACCACCUCCAAAUCUCCCCACCUUGCCUUCACCACCAUCUCCAACGUGAAACUCCACGUUCCUAUUCAACUCAGUUUCUCACAACCCAAUUACAAAAAGUGGAGUCGAUUGUUUCUCCUCCUAGUUCGGCGCUUCAACCUCCAUAGGUACCUCGACGGCUCCGUCGUCCCCACCUCUCAAGACGACGAUGAAUGGUUUCAACUGGACGCUCUUCUCCACGGUUGGAUCCUCUCUACCAUCACCGACGAAGUUUCGGAUCUUGUCAUCUCCUCCACCACUUCUGCAGCGUCUCUCUGGAAGGUCAUUCACGAUCUCUUUCAUGACAACAAACAUGCUCGUGCCAUGCAACUCGAGCACCAAUUCCGCACCACCAUCAAAGGCAACACCCCCAUGGCUACCUACUGUCAGACUCUCUUCAACAUCGCCGAUUGGCUAGACGAUGUUGAUGCACCGGUGUCACAGCACCAACUCGUUCUUCAGAUGCUACGAGGGCUACCGGAGGAUCUCCAGGCUCAGACUUCUCUUCUUCAAUUCCAGGACCCGUUGCCUACAUUCCUCCAAGCCCAUUCGGCUCUUCUUUUGUUGGAAUGGCAACGGACAUUGCUGGACAAUCAUGGAUCGUCGGCCCUCGUAGCACGCUCGGGCAGUUCUCCCCACUCCGGGGGUUAUGGCGGCAGCAACCAGUCGACGGGCAGCAACUUCUCCGGCGGGUCCCAGGGCAGUUUUGGCAGCGGCAACGGGGAUGGCUCCUCUAGGCAACGCAGCGGCUAUGGACGGGGUCACGGACGUGGCAGUGGAAACCAGGGACGAGAAUAUUAUGGGAGUUAAAAGAAUCAAUUUUUUUUGUAGAUUGUAAAAACUGAUUUUUUGGGGAAUUUGGAUUUAAAAAUGGGUUUGAAAAGUAUAUGAUAUGUUUGUACAUAUAUCUUGUAAAUAUUAAUUUUAAAAAAAUUGUUUUAAAUUUUUAUUAACAAUUAAAAUUUAAGAUGUAUGUAUAAGAAAAUGAAUAGAGAUGCGGUAU